AUUUAAUUAUUAGUGGACCAAACUAUUGCUUCAAACCAUAUUAUAACUCGUACAACCCUCUCCCCUCCCUUGUGCCGCGAUGAAUUCCACAACACCUAAAACCAUCAAGAAAAAUCGCCACCGCGCUGGGAAAAGGAAAAGAGCAAAAAUCCUCAAGGCUCAACAAAAAGCCCUAGAGCGGGCUUUCGAGGAGAUUGAAAAUUUCGUGGGUUACCCGCUGGAACACACCCCCCUUCCUCCUCCAGUCACAGACGCUCCGCCAGGAAGAGCGAUCUCUUCCUUUGAUCUGUUCCAAGAAGACACCGUCCCUUUGGAAAACUAUAACCAGUUAACGUCUAACGCGCCCGAAAUAAUCACGCUUAGCGAUUCCGAUCACGAUUCUCCGGAGUUGGAACCUUUAGAUCCAACUGCGGAAUACCAUAGCGAUGCAGUAGCGCAGAUUAUUAUAUUUCCGCCAGAGAAUUAAAUAAUACAUGUAAUAAUCCUAUACGUUGUUUUAUUAAUAAAUAUAUACAUAUAUAUAUAUAUCCAGAUUCAUUAAUCUUAACUACAUCAAGGUCAUACUAACCAAAUCCUACAAGGUUUUCCAUCGGCAACAAGCUCUCGCCAUACCCGGGUAGAGUUCGUGUAAGCGGGCUGCCCGAAAUUUGAAAGGAGAGCUCCCGCGUCGGUCAGGCGACCGAGGCGUCGCGACGCACACAUUGAGAAGAAAUAUCCCUAGACCCGGACGUUACACUGAAAACGAUUUCGGAACGAAAAAACAGUACUGUCAGUACUGGCAGUAGAUUUCGGAACGCACCCAUAAUAUAAAACAUUAUGCUAGUUACUUGCUAGUUUGAAGAAAAAUGGCGGACGUAAGAAUACCUACUUUUUUAGUGCUCUAUAAGAACUGACUAUUAA